AUGACCAGCCGCCCCACGAUUACCACUGUUCCGCUCAACACGGGCGCUACGAUGCCGCAACACGGCCUCGGGACCUGGCUUUCCAAGCCCGGCGAGGUCAAGGAUGCGGUAAAGACGGCUCUGUACGCCGGCUACACCCACAUCGAUGCCGCAGCGGUGUAUGGCAACGAGGCCGAGGUGGGCGAGGCCCUUGCCGAGGUCUUCGCCGAUGAGGACUCGGGCAUCAAGCGCGAGGACGUGUUCAUUACCUCCAAGCUCUGGUCGCAGUCGCACGGUUCUAUCGCCGAGGCGCUCAACCAGACGCUCAAGGAUCUCCAGCUGGACUACCUCGACCUCUACCUCAUCCACAACCCGGUGGCCUUCCAGGGCGAGACCGUGUUUGACGUCGCCGAGCUCGAGUACAUCCCGCUCGCCGCCAAGUGGAAGGCCAUGGAGUCGCUGCAGGACGCAGGCCUUACCCGCGCCAUCGGCGUCUCCAACUUCCCCACCGCCCUCAUCUACGAGCUCCUCUCCGUCGCCCGCAUCCCGCCGGCUGUCGUCCAGAUCGAGCGCCACCCGUACAACGUCCAGAAGCUGCACGUCGACUUUGUCGAGCGCCACCACAUCCACGUCACAAACUACUCGCCGCUCGGCAACCCGGGCAAGUACUCUGGCGGGCCCGAGACAAAGCUCCUCGAGCACCCCAAGGUCCUUGAGCUUGCAGACGCCCACAACAAGACCGCUGCACAGAUCCUCAUUCGCUGGGGCAUCGACAAGGGUGCCACCGUCAUCCCCAAGUCGGUCAACCCCGAUCGCAUCAAGGAGAACCUCGCCGUCUUUGACUUUCAGCUCCAGCCGCACGAGGUUGCUGAGCUUGAUGCCCUCGACGUCGGCCACCGCUACCUCGACUUUACUUUCCUCGGCGUCCCCAUCUUUACCUAG